AUGUUCACACUUGUAAUUGACGUGUUCGCGCGUUACUUCCUUUUUUUUUGCUUCUUUGCUUUCCGUCGGUCAUUUUCGUUUGUCACUAACGGUCGAAAACAGCACUGGAAGUCUACGAAGAAGAUGGGAGAGGAUUGUAAAAACGAGGGAGAAAUGCCUCCACGGGAGGAAUCGCCGUACACAACCUUGGGAAUAGCGUCAAAUUCGGAUGAAACAACGAUAAAGAAAGCAUACCGAAAACUAGCGCUAAAAUGGCAUCCCGACAAACAUACCGAGGAGAAGGAUAAGGCGAUUGCCGAAAAACAAUUCAAGAAAAUCGCUCAAGCAUACGAGAUUCUUUCUGAUGCGAAGAAGCGUCAAGAAUUUGAUCGCUCCGAAAACUUGUCCACGUUCCGUUCUCGUCGUGGUCGGAUGAGUGACGAUUUCCGCUCACCGUUCGACAUUUUCCGUGAAUUCUUUGGGAAUCGUGAUCCAUUCCAGGACGUCUUCUUCGACGAUGCAUUCACUUUCCCGUCAGAUUCAUUUAUUUUUAAAAAGCACAAAUUCCCAUCGAGCCGAGUGCAUAUCUUUUAUGACGAUGAGAGGAAAAAGAAAGAUGAUGAUUGCCAUUUUUCUACGGUAAUUCGCUUCUCAUCGGCAUCAGAGCCUGGAAAGAAUGCGACCGUCCGAAAAACAUCUACCACGACGAAAAUUAUCGACGGCAAGAAGGUGGUCACGAAACGAACAGAAAACGACGGCGAGGAAGUAGUUGAGAUUCUGGAGGAUGGCGAAUUGAAGUCACGAACGGUGAAUCCGUCGGACCAACAUCAACGUCCUCAACUACUACUAAUAUCACCAUUGCAAAUAUCCGCACCCCACAUCAGCACUUCGUGUUUGUCUGCCCGCGCACGUUUUUUUUUUCUUCCAGUUGCAGCACUCGUCGUCCCAAUAGGCCGUUCCUCUUCGUGUCUACGCGUGCUUUUCAAAGUUUUUGGGCUCAUUCGCUCGAAUUUUAACUCUCCUCAACGACUCUUUGCCAUAGCCCGAGAACACAGUCGCUGCUGCCUAUCUGCCGCUGUCGCCCGCCCGCCCGCCUGCCCGCAUUAG